CUUUCAACGCCGAAUAAAAAUUAAUACAACAAAGUUUUAGACAAUAUAAAAACGAACACACAUACAAGGAGGCAUAAACGAAGGCCAAACGGAUAAUUGGAGAUUGGAUGAUAAGGCAGGCGUGCCGCCGCCAGGUUCCGGGAAAAGUGAACUCUUCUCCGUACCAACGAUGUCCCCCGCCUUUCUGACGUUGGUCGCCGUUGUCGUGUGCAUACUGUUUCGCAUCCUGAACGUGCACAGCCAGCCCCUAAAGCCGAGUGUCUGGUGCCUGGACGAGCAGUUCCUCGAUUGCCUCUACAAAAUAGCGCCUGUAUUAAAAGAGCCCUAUGUACCUCCGCGACUCUGGGGCUUUAGUGGUCAUGUGCAAACGGUUUUGCACAGCAUUGUUGGACGAGUACGUUGCCCGUGGCCCUUGGGAGAGCGGGUCUAUCUCUCCCUGCGUGAUGGCUCCACAUUAACCUACGACCUUUACCAGCCCCUCCACGAGCAAGAGGGUAAGCAUAACCAUCAAUCAAUUUUCUUUUCAUAUCUUAAACUCUGGUUACCCUUUCUAGACGAUAUAACCGUGGCCAUUUGUCCCGGCAUAGCUAACAGCUCGGAAUCGGUUUACAUACGAACCUUUGUUCACUUGGCUCAAUGCAAUGGCUAUCGCUGUGCGGUACUGAAUCACAUUGGAGCUCUGCGCAGUGUCCAGGUUACAUCGACACGCAUCUUUACUUAUGGCCACACCGAGGAUUUCGCCGCCAUGGUGGAAAAUUUGCAUCAGAAAUAUUGUCAGAGUCGAAUUGUAGCGGUCGGAUUUAGUUUGGGCGGAAAUCUGGUCACCAAAUACAUGGGCGAGAUGCAGAAGCUCAAGCCACUCAGCGUCAUCGGUGGCAUAUCCAUAUGCCAGGGCUACAAUGCUGUAGAGGGAACCAAAUGGUUGCUGAAUUGGCAAAACUUCCGACGCUUCUACCUAUACAUUAUGACGGAGAAUGUGAAGAGUAUUAUCCUGCGACAUCGCCACAUCCUGCUCUCCGAUGAGGUCAAGACACGUCAUAAUCUGAACGAGCGCGAAAUAAUUGCAGCGGCAACUUUGCCAGAACUGGAUGAGGCCUACACAAGGAAGGUCUAUAAUUUUGGCUCCAUCCAGGAACUGUACAAAUGGAGCUCCUCGCUGUUCUACUUUGAUACAAUAGAGAAGCCGAUGAUAUUUAUAAAUGCUAGGGAUGAUCCAUUGAUACCAGAGGAGUUGUUGCUGCCCAUCAAGGAGUAUGCAAUCACACGACAGAAUACAGCCUACGUAGAGGUGGCCCAUGGCGGACAUCUGGGCUUCUACGAGGGCGGUUUCCUUUACCCGAAUCCCGUCACCUGGCUGGAUCGCACACUGGUGGCCAUGGUGGGAUCGCUGGUGAUGAUGCACGCUGAUCUGGGCAAGGGCAACACAAAACUAUAAAAAGUUUUUGCGUGAAAAUCGGAUGCCGCUAUCUAAAUGAAUCUUAAUCAAAGGGAGAAACCGAACGGAAACAAAUAGAACUUACAUAUAAUAAUUGAUGUGAAGCAACUUAAAUUAUCACCAAUGGAAACAGGAAAACCAAAAUUGAUGUAUACUUUUGUAAAGUGCAUUUAAAAAUGAGAAUAAUUUAUUACCAGAAUGUUUUGAACAGUUUAUGGGUCAACAUUAACGUUUUAUGAAAUUUCGAAAAGCCAAGCAUAUAAUGUGUCACCCCAACUUAUAUUUUAGUUAGUUUAUUGAUGUAAUACGUAUGUACCCAUGUACUUAUAAGCGAAAUUCCUAUUUAUUAGCAUUCUAAUUUCUAAUCCCGCAGGGUGUAAAAUAUUUUUUAUAUGGCGACUGUACACAAGACACAUACACAUACCACAUACCAGACACACACGAUAUUCAUAUAUUUGAUGCCAGUAAUUAUAAAUUAUAAGUCCCCAGUCGAAAACGCACAAACACUCGCACCAUAUAAAAUAGAACAACCAAAUGCCUUAUUGUAGACUUCGUUUUAUAUAAGUGUAUAUGAUUUUUGAAUAAUUUUAUAUCAUUUUGUACUACGAUGCAUUUCGAGUCAAAGAAAGAAACCAAAAAGAAA